UCUGAAAUGAACUCAUGAUCCAGCAAAAUUGAGCUCGACAAUUAUUUUAUUAGAUUAAUAAAGUUCAAGAUAUACAUGAUAUAAUUAAAUCUAAAUGCGUAGCAGAAAUGACACAAUGAUGUAAGCAAUUGACGUUGUUUGCCCACCGUAAAGCCUUAGUUCUUUAAUUUGAUUAUUUCCUCCUUUCUACAUAUGAGGCGGCAUAUGCAUGCACGUUGUAUACAUGCGAGCGAUGGGUAACAUUCAAGGAAAACGCAGAAUUUCGAUCCUCCGAGUUGCCCAUCAGGAAAAACCAGAUUUUCCAGCCCCUCUCGUCACGAUCGGAACUAUUUGCAAUCGCGCGUUGCCAUGGCGCGGGCACUCGCCUCUCGGCCUAUGGCUUCAAGCAGACUUCCUAUCCCUUCAAAUUGGCCAUAUAGAGUGUGCAUGAUCUUUUUGCUUAUUGCCCGUGCUCUCCCUCUCGUAGGCAGUGAAAUGGCAUUUCUCUCGCGAGGAAAUACGCGGGCGCGCGAACUCUUCACUGCCACCAUGCUGCAUCUCCGGGUCCGUCUGUCUCCGAGCUCCGAGACUCGAAACGAUCCCAGCGAGCCGAGCCCCAGAGCCACCAGAUCAGGUUCAAAUUUUAUAAAAGAAGAUCCUCGGCGCCUUGGGAGGUUAGUCUGGCGAAGAAAGUGGCAACGUUAUCAUCACGAGCGGUGGACAACCCGGAUACCUGCAGUAUCGUUACCGAUCGCUUAUUUCACAACGUGCAUUAAAACAAGCAAGGGGAGCCUGUUUGAUCCGAUCAACGACUAUCACGAAUCGUGAGGGAAAAGUGCGCGCAAAAAACUUGUUUUGAAUUCGGAUGUUUUGCACCACUAAGUGAAAGAUUCAUAAAGAAAAGUAUGAAUAAUUAACUCAAAUUGAGAGCAGUUUCCGCAACGGUAUAAAAAUGAAACGUAGUGUUAUAAAACUGUGUGUAAAAGGCAGUUGAAUGUGAAGUAAUUGAAUUAUUAGCGCCAAUAACUGCCACAAACACCGAGUGAAACGAACGAAAAAAAGCGAAGAGAAAUGGUGUGAACCAUCUGAACUUGAACCGCGUAAUAGGAUAACCACGCAGCCGUAGAUAAUUGAACCGCAAACACCUGAAAACAAAAAUCACGCAUUGUUAAGAAACCCAGCACAGCCCCGGAGCAGCCAUGGAUUAUCGACAGCUGACGCUCGCGCUGUUUUUCAUAUGCUCCGCUGUGGCACUGGAAAUAUCGAACCAUAACGGACUGGAAGAUCCGGAGUCCAACGCUGAUGCCACCAACACUGCAAGGCCACUUUUUGAUGAUCACAAUUUGCCAAAACUACGUCGACAAAAACGCCACGAAAUCGAAAUACAUCGCGUAAUCAAACGCCGCCCAAAGCUUCCCCCACUACCACCUCGCAGCCGGAAGCCACGCCCACCGCGAAGACCACCAAAGCCAAAAGUAAAGUAUGGGCCACCGAAUGUCAACUAUCCACCGAUCACGCAUUACAAUCCCCAGAGUUUCGAUGAAACGUUUAGUACAAGCUAUGAAACAUCCUAUUCGGAUCAUAACUCGUUUGCCGAGCCACCGGUAAGCUACGGAGGCCCAAUUCAACCAUCACCAGCCUUUGGGUCGCCGCCAUUCGCCUAUGGCCAAGGUAGUACUUCAUACCAAGGGUCAACCUUCGGAAGACCAAGCUUUGAGAGUACAAGCUUCGAAGGAUUUGGCAAACCCUCGCUUGGUUCCUCCAAUUUGGACGCAUUUGAUCCCUCGAAAUUCCCAGGACUAAUAGAUCGGCCGUCACAAGGCUAUUCGUCUAGCAAAUAUGGUGGUCACUCCUCACAACCCUCAUUCACUAAUAGCAAACCAUCUUCCUUCCAUUCCUCAACGUCAUUCUUCGGAGAUGGUCCCAGUUUUAACUCUGACAAAGAUCUGGUCAGCCAUACACGGCUAACCGAGGUUGAAGCUCCUAAACAUCAAUUUCCACUGGAAGGAUUCAAACAAAACCCAUUCAGAACACCCUUAACAUCCUAUGAAGUUCCUCUAUCGCAUACUAAAUCUAAUUUGUUCGAGCCCACAAAAGAUUACGAUACAUCUUCUUACAAGAAAAUUCCCAAUACUUAUUCAACCAGUAGUAUAUCCUCAACACACAGUUCAUCAACUAGUUCAACUGAUGACGACGAUGAUGAAUACUAUCCGAGCCUACCGAAUCGCUAUGAGCAAGAUCAGUUCCACACUCCUUCAAAACCAAAUCCAAACAAGCCAUUAGGUAGCACAGUACAAACCAUCAACGACAACGAUCCAUUCUCCACACUGAGCUCGUUCUACGAUGGAGUAUCCGAGUCGCAAAAGGUCUCCGUCAAAACCAAAAACAAACAUAUAGAACCAACGGAGGAUAGCUUUUCCCUCGAAGACUUGUACUCCCCGACCCCGUCCUCUAUCAAACGGAACAAGCAUCGCAGGAAAAAGAAACCAAACCCGAUAUCGGCUCCAACGACCCACAACCUUGACACCGAUGACCUGCGCGAUGCAUACGGUUCCAGCUCAGACUUCCACCAAGUUGCCAUCGACGCCGACGAGUUUCUCGAAUUCGAACCCCAGAAGCAAAUGAAGCACUCCAAACCCAUUGGAGUCACUAAAACGCGAGAUGAAGAUAAGAGUCCAUCGAACUUCGUCCUUCUUUCGUCGCAGAAUGAGAACAAAAACGCAGGUUACCGAAAGGCAGUGAACAAUCCCAGUUAUUCCCGAAAGACGCCCGCGCAACUAUUCUCAGAAUACAAACCGAUCGAUUUAGAUCUUCUCAAGUCGGUAGAGGCCAGUAGAAAACCAGCUGCUGCGGAGAAACCAACAGGUCUAGAAGACAUCAAUAUCCUUUCCGUCCAGAAAUCCAACUCAAAGUCCUACUACGCCGGAAGCAAUGGCAAGGAGCCACUGCUGUACACCGGUUUCCUUCCGACGAGACGAAACGGAGCAUACUAUCGGGUGUCAAAUUUGGACUACGAAACGCUGGACAGGGAUGACGAGGGCUACGAUGAUAUCGCCGAUGUCGGAACCUACGGCGGACGGAUACGGAACUCAAGGGUUAAAAAAGAUUUGACUUUCACAUGAGGUGUCUGAAGUGGACAGUUCAGACCACGUGAGCCCUUGGUUGUUUCGCCAUGGGGUUUCUCGGCAGUUUAAGCAGUAUUGUCCUGUUCAAAGAUUUCAUAGGUAGGAUCGAGUUAAUAUUUAUUGUUGUUGAAUAAAACUAUUCUUUCGUAAAUUGUUGUUGGAAAAAGUUACUUCAAUCCGAUAUGCCAUCCGUGGUGAUGCUGUCCGUUAAUCAGGAUAAUCCGAUG